AGCACAAAAAUUGAGAUUUAUUAAUAACAGAAUUAUUAAUUUAUGACAUGUUAUAAAUAAAUUGCAACUUACUUUUAGAGAAACACAGUUGUUUAAUCUGAGGUUUUGUGGCAAGAUUCCUCUUCAGUUUCACGAAGUUCGAGGUGGGUUGUUCGAACAUCGGCCUAUCUUCGUACCCUCUUCUUCGUUGUCUCUAUUUCUUCCACCCAAUAUAUCUAUACAUACAGAUAUAGAUAGAUACAUACAGUGAGGACCCGCCCCGUUUUGUGGGCCGGUGUGAAGCUCAAAAAGCUGUAAGAAUCACCACCCAAGCGGGAUCAAAUGUGGGAGUUUUGGAGAAGGCAUAAGAGGAAGGUGUAUGUUACACUCGGAGUUUUCGGAAGUGGGUAUCUUUUGUACAAGCUUUAUGAUAGUCAUAAGCAGCAGCUUAAUGAUCUUGAGAGAGAAGUUGCCAGUGAACGUGAAAAUGAGGAACUCAUUAAAGCUCAAAUGAAAGUGCAUUUCCAGAACAUUCAAAACAUAGCAGAUACUACAACAUUGCCUCAUGCCAUGGUCUAUUUGAGUGCCCGCGUUGAAGAAAGGAUGGAUAUUUUGCACUUGACGGAGAAACUAAUGAAAGGAAAAGGCCAGCAGAAUCCUCUAACAUCGUUGGAGAAACUUGAGUUGUGGAAUAGGCUUAAAAUUCAAAGUUUUGCAAGAACAGUAUUGUCUAUUUGGUCAAUGACAGCACUUAGCUUGUAUAUAAGAGUUCAGGUCAACAUUUUAGGGAGACAUUUGUAUAUUGACACCGCUCGUGGUCUCGAAGCUGCUCAUCUUCUUGAUGAAUCUGAACUCAUCAACAGGAAUGACCAGCAGCAGUUUUUGGCAGGUGUUGAUUAUCUCUCUAAUAAUGGAAUGUCAAUGUUGAUAUCUAAUAUGCAGGCAGCAGCAACCGAAGUUCUCAAAGAAAAGCAGUUAAAGGAUUUAUUCACAACUUCUGUACUUCAUGACACCAUUAUGCAAAUAUUGGACGUGUUCAUGAGCAUGGGAAGCCCUCAUCAGUGGGUGGAUUAUAUAAUGCCAGAGGACCUGAAAUACAAAUCUGCUGCUUUCUCUAGUAAUGACAGCCAAAACGAGUUGACCAAAUUUGACUUGCUAAUGUCGGAGGCUCAUGCAGUGUUAUCAAGUGAUGAAUUUCGAAGUAUUUUGGAUGUAUCCUUGAGAUCGGUGGUGGAUGACCUAGUGCAAGAUAUGAAGGAUCAACAUGGAGAUAUCAACUCAUCAGGAGUGCCAUUAGCUAAACUUGUGCCCAAAGUUGCCCAGAUGGGUCCACUACUGCUUGAAGAACCAAGCAACAACAAGUAUAUCCAAAUCGUUCGAAACCUACCAGUAGCUGAAGUCUUCUUCACUCUUCUUUAUGCAGACACGCCGCCUUGAAAAUUAUUAUUAUCUGCAGCUUGAACUAAUACAUGGAUGUGAGCAUGAACGGUAAUGUUGCUCAUGGGGUGAUGAAGCUUUAACAUUUUGAGGUGAAUAACAAUGAUAUUGUAAACUUUUUCACUUUUGCUCUUUAUUGGUUCGAUCUUUUUAUAAUAGUCUUGUCUUUAAAUUUCAGGUGUUCUGUAACAUUUUAGAAAGCAAUUAGCUGUUGGGUAGUUGAUGGUUAUAUGCCUUUUGCUCUUCAUGAUGUUGAAUUAUGAAAUAUGUGUAGUCCAUUUGUAUGAUGUGGAUUGGGAUUUAAGCAGUAGUAAUGGUCUUAUAUUCUAUUA